AUUUCUGUUGCUGCGAUUUAAGCGUACAGCCGAAGUUUCAUAACAUCGUUGUUUGGAUUUUAAACUUAAAAUUUCCUUGGACAUGCUUGUUUAAAACAUAUUUAAAACAAUUUCAACCUUAAAAACGACUCAACAUGAGAAUUACUGAGGUACUACAGAAAAUCGGAGAUGCUUCGAAGAAGUUUUCCAACCUUCCCGAUUCGUACAUUAAACGCAGCAUGGAACAGGUUUAUUGGAAAACUCCUCGUGGUAAACCGCAAUAUUUGCCCCGAACGGUAGAACGAAAGAAGUUCCGGUUUACCACAAACCGACCAUGGACCGGUCAGUUCCGGCAGCAAAACAUGGCAGGCACGAUGCGUAAAAAAGUGUUCGUUGAGCCGGUUGCUAAUUGGACCUACUUCAAGGGUGACCGGGUGGAAGUGCUCGUUGGAAAGGACAAAGGAAAACAAGGCAUAGUAAAUCAAGUAUUUCAGGAGCGCAACUGGGUCAUUGUAGGAGGACUAAACUGUCAUUUGCGUAAAGUGGCGGACGAGAAGGAGUAUCCCGGUAUAUUCAUAAAAUCGGAAGCACCACUGUUGGUGACGGAUCAAAUCCGGCUUGUGGAUCCGUCCGAUCUGCAAGGAACGGCGAUUGAGUGGCGCUAUACCGAGGAAGGCGAGAAGGUGCGCGUUUCUGUGCGCACUGGACGAAUCAUUCCGAUUCCGAAGGCUAAUGAGGAAACGCAUGACUACAAAUCCAAGAGCGUGUACGUCGAGCGGCCCAAGGACACCACGGGGGAUGUGGUCAAAGAAAUCACCUUCAAGCCGGCACUUCAAACCUUCGAAAUGGAUAUUAUGGAAGAGAUGGGCAUCGAAGAGGAAAGGGUACCGAAGAAAACGUACUGGUAUUGAGGCUUUCGGUCGUUAAAAUUAAAAGGUAGUUUAUGGACAGAUUA